GAUUCUGCGCAUACCUGAUCUCCCCGACCAUGACCACAUCUAAAGCGGGGCAAUAGUCUGCGAAGCUCAGCAGCGCGCUUUCGGCCAUUAAACACUAAGAAACGCAGCAGAGUCACCUCAUUCGCCAGCAGAUUUUCAGGAUGGAGAACCGGGUGACUCUUGGCUCUAUCCAGAAGACCGUCUGGGACGGGCGCAUCCCACUGGAAAUUGCCCUGGCAUCAUCGGAAAGUCGAACUUUUGAUCAGACUGAUCCAUACCUCAUCUCAUACCCACGCAUCUCAUAUCUCCCCUCGUUGCUUCCUAAGCUUCGAGCAUUUUUCUCGAACUCAUUAAUAGAACCAGACUCCCAGCCACAUGAUGGUUGGUUCGAAUUCGAGGGAGUGCCUCUGAAGUGGCAUUAUCCAGUCGGCCUGUUAUUUGACCUUUAUGCUGGAGCGGACCCUGCUUCAAAGACUACCUCAGUAGGUGACGAGUCCCCAGAGAGAGUUUCACCAUUACCUUGGAAAUUGGUAGUGCAUUUCAGAGACUGGCCGGAUGAGGAACUUGUGCGGCUUGACGCCGAUGGUAUGGUCAUGAACGAUGCCUUCAUCAACAGCGUGAAGGAGGCGGAUUUCCUCCGAAACGGCACAGCAAAAGGCAUCAUGAGCCUUUCGAAAGAAGACUCAUCGGGACUUUGGAAGGCCGUCGAAGAUGUUGACCUUCCCUCCUACCAACGCAUAUCAAGCAUUCUCCUUCCUCAACUAUCACAGCCUUUCCGAAAUGUCCCAGUUAGGAUCUUUCUUCCACUGCCACCAGAUGCGGAGUCCUCGUCCUUGAAAGUGGUACAAUCACCAAUUCCACCUUCAAUACCAGCAUCGAGCAUGCAGUCAAGUCAAAUUUUGCCUUCGCGUGCCAGUCCAACUACCCAGAUUCAAACUGUGGGGACUAUCCUGCACACGUUGCUACCAAAUCUCUUUCCUAGUCGGAGAACUCCUGUUCUCGCGAAGCCUGUUUUGCAUGGUGCUGUGAUACCUAUGUCUGCCCCAAUCGAGGAGGUGGUUAGAAGCUCUGCUUAUGGGGAUGGGUGGGCGUAUCUGGUCGUUCGGAUGAUGGGAUGAGCUCAUCCAAGGAGAAUCCAAUGUCUAUCCCGUUAAAUACCUUUAACAUUGCCUCGGUAGACGUGGGACCUCACUGCGGG